AUGGCCUCCAUCAAUCUACAAAUAGCAGUGGUUCUCCUAUUCCAGGUCGCCCUUGGAACACUGGGCAAUGUCUCACUCCUCAUUCUCCGUGUCUUCUUUCGCUUCCACGGAGGCAGGUCGCGGUCGACAAACUUGAUCCUCAGGACCUUGGCUGCAGCCAACCUCUUGGUCAUUUUCUCGAAAGGAGUCCCACAGACGAUGCUUGCGUUCGGGGUAGACCAUUUCCUCAGUGAUGCAGGAUGCAAACUUGUUUUUUACCUCGAAAGGGUGGCCAGCAGCGUGUCCACCUUCACCACCUGCUUCUUGAGUGUCUUCCAGACCAUCACGAUCAGCCCUACGAACUCCAUGUGGGCAACAUUUAAAGUGAAAGCUGUAAAAUACAUCAGUCCCACCAAUACCCUCUGCUGGAUCCUGCCCAUGCUGGUAAAUGCCAUUUUUCCGAUUUAUGGGUCUGGCACUUGGAGCAAUAAAACCAUGACAAAGAAAACUGUGUGGCAAUACUGUGCCAGCCACCAUGACAAUGUCACAUUCUCACUCUAUGUAGCGCUGAUAUCCUCCCAUGAUGUUUUGUGUGUGGGAUUCAUGACCUGGGCCAGUGGCUCCAUGAUUUGCAUCCUGUACAGACACAACUACCUCAUUGACCUCCAGUUCUUUGGACUUGAUCCAAUGGCCUGUCGAAUUCCCUGCCAGACAUACCCAAGUCAACAGUGA